AUGUGGAGAAGUUCGCUUGCUGUAGCAAGCCUUUCCUCUGCGGCGGCAUUUACCGCUUCAACGUCGUCAAGACGAACCGUGGCGGUGCUUGCUCAUCCAGGAUGCCUGCUCUGCACCGCGAUCUCUUCCUCGGCUUACCCAUCCUCAUCAACCGCCGCAGUCGCGGCUCGGCCAUUCAGUAGCACCCGCCUCACUUGGAGAGGCAAACAAAGCAGAGGGUCCUCAGGCAAAUUCAACAACAGCAAAGGCGGCAAACCAGACGGUUUCAGCAAAGGCAAAUUCCAACGGUUCAGCAAAGGACCAGUCAAAGCAGCCGACUUCUCCAUUCCCGAACCUCCCACGGCACAAAAAGUAGGUCGAAAGCUUGUCGAAAAGCUCAGCGCGAUAUCACAAGAUCCGGAGCUACCUUCACAACUUGUUGCUUAUGGCAUCAAAGGGAAACCCGCACAACUCCUCUUGCAGCACCAUACACAGUCACAGGCCCUCACAAGCGGUGCUAUAGCACGGCUCGAAAGGCAAAAUGACGCGGCGACGGCAAUUCGACUCUUCCGUGCAUGGUCUGAGGAUGCGAAAGACGCGAUACCCGAUCUUGCGGUGCUGUUAGACUCAGGCAAGGAGGCCAAGAAUGAUGUGUUUGGAGAUCUGCCGGAUGCGCUUUCGUCUUUCGGUAGCGAGGGUGACGAGUGUUUGGGGCGGUUUUGUGUUUCCGGAUUUCUUGAUUGGGUGCAUCGUGGACUGAGCGCUCUGCUCAGCAUCAACUCUUCGACCCUCUCUGCCGCUGACCAAGGGCAAGUCUCUCUGGCACGGUCGCAACUGAAUCUGCUACGCAACACCAUGGAUCUUCGUCGUCCCUAUUAUCAAUAUACUCGCGCCCGCUCUCUAAUCCGAAACAUCCACUUGCACGUCGGACCCACGAAUUCAGGUAAAACGCACGGCGCACUCGUUGCGCUCUCCAAGGCUCGUACAGGCAUAUUUGCCGGUCCUCUGCGUUUGUUAGCACAUGAAGUGUGGGAUCGAUUCAACAGCGGUACUGUCUCACCAGGGGUGCCUGCACGAGCUUGUAACUUGAUGACAGGUGAAGAGCAGCGUACGGUGGAUCCGUUAGCAGGCUUGGUCAGUUGUACUGUCGAGAUGGUUUCCACGAUGAGUUCGGUAGACGUGGGAGUGGUGGAUGAGAUUCAAAUGAUCGCUGAUCCGCACCGAGGAUCCGCCUGGACCAACGUCGUUUUAGGGCUUCCUGCGAAAGAGCUGCAUCUUUGUGGUGAGGCAAGUGUCAUUCCUCUCAUCGAAAGCCUGGCUAAGGCUUGCGGCGAUCAUUUGACAGUUCAUCGCUACGAGCGAUUGACGCCAUUGAGCGUAGCUGAGGAGAGUCUGGACGAUGAUCUCGGAAAGAUCGAGAGGGGAGAUUGCAUUGUUGCGUUUAGUCGUUCAGCUAUCUUUGCGCUCAAAAAGGAUAUCGAGAGGCGUACGGGACUUCGUUGUGCAGUAGCCUACGGCGCGCUUCCACCAGAAACGAAAGCUGAACAGGCUAAACUCUUCAACGAGGGCAAACUGGACGUAAUGGUUGCCAGCGAUGCAAUUGGUAUGGGUCUCAACCUCGGCAUCAAACGAGUCAUAUUCGAUACGCUCACCAAAUGGAACGGCAAAGAAGAAAUCACUCUCUCGGCCAGUCAGAUCAAGCAGAUUGCCGGUAGAGCAGGACGUUACGGCACUCAGGACAAGUCUACCAAGAAAGCCGACCUGGGAGGAGUCGUUACAACGCGGCACGAAUACGAACUGGAAAUCCUACGUUCCGCUCUCGCUUCCCCCUUGCUUCCCAUCACGAGAGCGGCGAUUCAGCCGACUUCGGGGACCUUGUCGAGUCUAUCUGCAAUGCUGCCGGGCGCAGGUGGUGGCGAAGGGCUAAGAAUGUUAAGCCAGAUCUUUACGGAUGUAGCAUUGUUGUCGAGGAUCGAUUCGGGCAACUUCUUCAUGAGUGAUUUCAGUCAGCAGUCGAGCAUUUCGCCUUUGAUCGAAUCUGCUUCCUCCGGCUUAUUGACGUUGGAGGAGAGGGCGACGUUUAGUAGUUCACCUGCUAAUAGGAGGGAUGAGAGGCUGAUGGCGUUCCUCAGCAAUAUUGUAAGACAGUUUUCUCGUGGUGGCUUGGUGGACUUUGACACGGCUGCGAAAGACCUUGGUAUGCUCGAGGUUGAAGAUGAAGUCGUUACUCUCAUGCGUCAAGCGAUCGCUGCACGAGAACAAGAUGCACAACCAACGAAAGAAGGGAAGGAAGAACUACCACUCAUCGCAUACCUCAACAACGUCUCCGGCUCCUUGACUCAGGGAAGCUCAGCUCAUCCGUUCAUCAACGUCACUACUCUGCUUAUGCUCGAGUCAUUGCAUAGGUGUUUCACUUUGUAUCUCUGGUUGAGUUUCAGGUUCCCGCUGGCGUUCUGUUGGAGAAAGGAUGUGAAUGAGAGAAAGAAGAAGGCGGAAGAGGCGAUUGACUUUGUCUUGCAGGGAAUCCGGUUUGGUAGAGCAAAGAGGUUGCAAGCGCUUGGAAGGGAUCCUGAGGGGAUCAAGGGUAGUCCGACUCGAUUUGGAGCGGAUCGUAGUCGAUUUCAAUAG